AUGAACAAGGAGGUUCGUAGAUCUCGAAAGGGAUGCUUCGUGGGUAUCACACUUCUCUUGGGAGUUCUGAGCAGCUGGAUUCUGUUGUAUGAGCUGCCAAAAGCUGGUGGCCUACCCUGUCGCGUCUUUCGCAGCCGAAGAAAGUUUUACGAUUCUCGCUUGGAACGUCGCAGACGAAGCUCCGAGAACUUAUAUGAGCUUCUCACCGAUUCCCAAGAUACGUUCUACGACGAAGAGUCCUGGACUGUGGGAACCACUUUCUUUUCCGAAAAUACCUACUCACGACAGCCCUAUGUCGCCAACGGGUAUAUAGGCAGUCGUAUACCAAACGUGGGAUUCGGUUACGCUCCCGACACUUACAAUAUCUGGAUUCCAGACGCUUCAGUGCCAGGUGCUUUAAACAACGGGUGGCCCCUGCGAAAUCGACGUUUCGCAGGCGCUUUUGUCUCCGACUUCUACGCCCUCGAACCCAGGCUCAAUUCUACAAAUUUCCCAGAACUCGAUAAAAAUGGUUACUUAACGGCGCUUGCUGCUAUACCGCAGUGGACAGAUUUGAGCUUUACCAUCAGAAAUGAAUCUGUACGCUUUGAUUCACAAAACGUGCAUGCUCAGCAAGUCUCUCAUUACCAGCAGAAUCUGUCGUUGAUCAGUGGUGAGGUAACGACAGAAUUGGAUUGGCUAAGAAUACUGCAUGUAAAGUCCACAAUUUUUGCGCAUAGAACGUUGCACCCAUUAGGGAUUAUGAAGUUGGAACUGUCUUUAAUUUCCAAUAAUCCCGCCAACGUCAAGACCUUAGAUUUGCAAGUUGUUGACACUUUGAACCAUUCCACUUCUAGGAGAACCUACCUUAGAGAUUUAGGCUUUGAUUCUGAAGGAAUUCAUAUGGAGGUUGAGCCCGACAACGUUCCUUACUCUUCGGCAGCCAUGUAUUCUUCUCUCCACGUGUCUUCGGAUGCGUCGCAUCCUGAUGGCGUUAUAUAUCAGUUAGCUGACGAUAACACGUCAGUUACAAGCAAGCGUACUCUCCAGCUAACUUCAAAGCACCCUUCGGUAUCCAUCACCAAGUAUGUCGGAGUUAUGUCUUCAGAAUACGAUCGGUAUAAUAAAACGGCCUCGAACGCCGAAGUUGCAAAAAGCAUGGUGCAGGACUACUGUGGGCGUUACGAUUAUUUGAGUGAAACUCACAAGCAAAACUGGCACGAUCUUUAUGAAACGGCAGCAGUUGAUAUUCCAUCUGACAGCUUGCUAGAGUUAUCUGCCAAGUCGUCGAUAUUUCAUUUGCUAACCAAUACCCGAAGAUACAAUGUCUCACAAGAUCGCGGAUUGCCAGUGCCGGCUUCGGGGCUCAGUUCCGAUUCCUACGCUGGCUUAGUGUUCUGGGAUGCCGAUCUUUGGAUUAUGCCCGCCCUUCUCCCAUUCUUUCCCGAAAUUGCGAGACAUAUGGUAAGUUACCGAAAGUCAAUGCACGAUCAAGCCAGGAUCAAUGCCCGCGAAAAUGGAUAUCCAGGUGCUCUUUUUCCUUGGACUUCUGGAAGAUACGGCAAUUGCACAUCAACUGGUCCGUGUGUCGAUUACGAAUACCAUAUCAACAUCGAUGUAGCCAUGGCAGCGUUCCUGGUCUAUCUAAAUGGUGCUGGUGGAGCAGGAGAUGAGUACUUAAGAAACACUACGUGGCCAUUGGUGAGAGACGCAGCGAAGUUUUUCACAGCCUACGUGCAGUACAAUGCAGAGCUGGAUGCCUACGAGACGCACAAUAUGACAGAUCCUGACGAGUAUGCUAAUUUCAUUGACAAUGGAGCCUUUACAAACGCCGGAAUCCAGACGCUACUACAAUGGGCCACAGAUAUUGGUUGUCACUUGAAAGAGGACGUUGACCCCAAGUGGAAAGAUGUUCGGAAAAAGAUAUUAAUUCCAACUGCCGACUCCGACAUUACGCUGGAGUACUCAGGAAUGAAUUCUUCAGUCGAAAUCAAACAAGCUGACGUUAUGUUGAUGACGUACCCAUUGGGUUACAUCACCGAUGAGACUAUUCUGAAAAACGCUAUCAAGAAUCUAUAUUAUUACUCCGAGCGUCAAUCAGCAACUGGACCAGCAAUGACAUACCCAGUUUUUGUAGCCGCUGCAGCAGGACUGCUCAAUCAUGGCUGCUCGUCUCAAAGCUAUCUGUACAAAUCAGUUCUGCCAUACGUGAGAGCCCCUUUCGCUCAGUUUAGUGAACAGAGUGACGAUAACUUUUUGACGAACGGAUUGACGCAGCCUGCUUUUCCAUUUCUUACGGGAAAUGGGGGCUAUUUGCAAAGUAUCGUGUUCGGACUGACAGGACUGCGGUAUUCGUACGAGACCAAUAAAACUACUGGAGAAAUUACUAGGUUUCUGAAGUUCAACCCGACAAAACUGCCUCUUCUUCCCGGGGGCAUCGCAGUAAUAAAUUUCAAGUAUAUGGGACAGGUACUCGAUGUUACAAUAGGUGAUGAAAAUGCCACUAUUUUUCACAAGAGUGGUGAUCAACCCGUAAGGAUCAAAGUGCUGGACCGGAAGGUUAUUCACGAUCGACAGCUGGUAAAUCCUGAGACUACUAAAACUCGUCCACAGAAGGGAUUGCCCGGAAGGCAAAUUCUCCUACAACCUGGCCAAAAUACCACGGUCAAAUUGUUUGAGCCGCUUUUGAACAUCGACAAUAACAUUGCAGAAGGGAAGCAGGUUACCAAUUUCACUACCGGGGUGCCAGGAGAUGUGAUAUAUUCCGUCAUAGAUGGCAACAACUUUACACAUUGGCAGCCUCUCCGUAAAAACGAAAACGCGAGGAUAUUGAUCGAUUUGGGUGUAGGCAACAGUCACAAGUUGACCGGAGGUUCUAUACUGUGGGGCAAACGGCCUGCUCAGAAUAUUUCCGUGGCUGUGCUGCCGUAUGCAGGCGACAUAGAGGAGGCGUUAUGCAAUGCGUCUGCGGUUAUCAGAGAUUCAGGACCUGACACCCAGACCGAGUUCUUGGGAUUCACGGGACCGGUGUGGGACGUGAAAUUGAGGUUGAGAGAGACCAAGCAGAGCAUAAUGGACAUCAGUGACAGCGAAAUCGACAAUAGAUGGGACUGGCUCCGAUCUCAGCGACUGGAUAUCGGACAAUUGUCCAAGAUUUCACCGGAAAUGGAGUUGCUUAAGAGCAACUUUGUCACCAUCCUGCGAGACCUCAAAGUGGAACCCUCGCUGCCGUACAUGGAAAAUGACGGAUACAAAAACCGGAUCGAGAUUCCCCGUUCCAACAUCACGGACUUCGAGUUCAACUACGAAAACUGCAGCGACACCACCACCACGGAAGACCUUUGGCCACCGCCUCGAUUUGUUGUGAUCAGUGUGCAUGGUACUUACGAUGACGACUACGAUCCUCGCGGCGCCACAAUCGAAGAAAUAGCCCUCUACUAA